ACUACUGAUCAUGGCUGUCAAUGCAGCUACCUGCCUCAUCUCCCAGGAAUAUGCAGAAGACAAGCUCACCACUAAGGAGAAAAAUAAGAUAAGGAAACCGAUUGUGGAGAAGAUGCGCAGAGAUCGCAUUAACAGCAGCAUCAACCACCUGCGCAAGAUUUUGGAGCAGGAGUUUCAGCUGCUGCAACCGGAUUCCAAGCCUGAGAAGGCCGACGUGCUGGAAAUCGCUGUGCAGUUUCUGAGGCAGCAGAUGUGCACAGAUAGCCAUGGUGGUAAACCAUUUGCAAGAAUAGACUACCAGGAAUACAGACAAGGCUACUCCAAGUGCCUACAUGAGACUCUGUCCUAUCUCUCCAUCCAUCGUUUUGCAGAGGAGGCCCAGAUCAAGCUACUGAAUCACUUCCACCAACUGGAGACACCUAGAGAUCUCAGUCACCCCCGAGUCUCCUCUCAGUCAUCUGGCCAACAGGCAAAGCACCAACCUCUGUCUGGCAGCAUAAAGCCUUUGUGGAGACCAUGGUAGAUGAACUGUGCCAUCCCGAUGUCAUAUCACAUUGAUAGGACUUUAUAAGUGACUGUAAACAUAAGAGGAUGCACAUAUUGCUGUAAUCUACAGCCCCUCUUCUUCCUUUGUGUGCUUCCUUAGUGGAAGGUGAUCCAAUGGAGAUCA